AGCCGGGUCAAACCGAUGGCGGCUAACAUGCAAAAAAUGGAGUGGAGCGAGAAGUUGGCCACGCUUGCAAAAGAGAGAGCUGCAUUAUGUUUCACAGACUCUUCCCCUCAGCGCUCCUCAUCGCACAGUCUCAUCGGCUGGAACACACACGUCUCACGUCACGGAGUCGCCUCGUUUUCUGACGUCGUCAACUUAUGGUUUAAGGAGGGGGAAUGAUUCCUCUACAUGACUGGGGAAUGCAGGGAGAAUGCCACUUGUCAACACUAUACACAGCUGGUCUGGGCCACUUCUAGACAGGUGGGCUGUGCGAUCCAGCUGUGUCUGCGAGAUGAGGACCUCUGGCACGUGUUUGUCUGCGCUUAUUACCCUGGGGGUAACUGGGAGGUGAACGGUCAGCUGGUGAGGCCCUAUAAGUCGGGGCUGUACUGCUCACUCUGCACCUCUGAUAUGUCCGGCUGUUACAGACUGUGGGACCAUGUGGGCGGACUGUGUGAGAUCCCAAGGAACCCGUGCCGUAUGAGCUGCGGACCACACGGACAUCUUAACGUCUCGUCCUGUAAAUGCAGGUGUGACGUCGGGUUCACUGGACGUUUCUGCCAAGUUCGGUGCAGCGGCCGCUGUUUGCACGGGCGUUUCAAAGCAGAGGAGUGCUCCUGUUUGUGUGACGUUGGUUAUGGCGGUCCUGACUGUGCUGAAAAGGUUCAGUUUCCCUUUGACAGCUGUGACGUGACAAUAGAUGGAAGCUGCUUCGUGGUGUCGUCUGAAGCUGAAACCUACUACAGAGCUAAAAGUCGCUGUCAGGAACUGGGAGGAAUACUUGCUCAAAUCCACAGUCAGAAGGUUCAAGACAUCUUGGCCUUUUAUCUGAGUCAGCUGGAGACAAACAACGAGGUCAACAACGCCGACUUUGAAACAAGAAACUUCUGGAUAGGCUUGACAUACAAGCCUCCGAAAGACUCAUUUCGCUGGGACACAGGAGAGAUCCCCGGCUUCAGCAGCUUUGCCUUUGGGCAACCUGACAACCAGGGGUUUGGGAACUGUGUGGAGUUGCAGGCAUUGAGCGCCUUCAACUGGAGUGACCAGCGCUGUAAAACAAGGAACCGCUAUAUCUGUCAGCACGGUGAGGAGCACAUUGCCCGGUGGGAUGAUGGCAGGUGAUCUGGAUUUCACUCAUGUUGUUUGGGACAAUGACGACGGCGGCUGGCUGUAUGUUUCAUUGAUCACUGUUCUCGGUUCAG